UGUUGUGACGUAACUACUGCGAACGCGUUCGCGCUUGUAGUAAUGGCACCUGUCUAGCGCAUUUUAGUGAACUGCGUUUAUAUAAUAGCUAUGAGUGACAUAUUAUUGCUUUCCACAGCUUGAAAUUUAAGAGAUAUGCGCUCAAACUUGCGGCUCAGUGGCUGGAGGUGCUCUCAUCAGUCGACUCCCAACAUUAAUGAGGCAGUGGAUAAUGUGUAUUUCUGGCACCAAAAUGCCAUGACACCAUGGAAGAGUCUGAGGACUAGAUUUGAGGACCCAGUGAGAGGAAGACGAACACCCCCAUGUUUAUCUGGCUUUACAUCAUUUGAUGAACCAUGGAGAUCAGAAAACACAACUAGUCCUUUUUUAUUCCUGAGCCGGACACGUAGCGUCCCUGAAGCUCUCCAUUGCUACAGUAGACCCACUUUGCGGUCAAGCUUCUCUUCGAUCACCAUCACCGCCAGGAGUUUGUCUCCUAAAAGGGAUUGUAUAGCUUAUUCAAACUCAACUUUUCAUCCUCUUAGUACGCCUGACAGACCACCCUCUUUCAUGGCCCACAGUGAAUAUAAAACCCCACAAGCCAUUGUUGGCACUCUGGUGCCUCCUAGACACAAAACAGUUGUGGUGAUGGUGAGCGAGAACAGAGAACGGCAUUGUGCCAGUGAGUCUCCAAGCAGUCCUCAAGCUCCACCAGUCCACGAGCACAGCUACACUGAGGAAGAAGAUCAAACGGACUCUUUAAAACGUCCUAUCUUUCGCUCUUGUGCCCAUCUGGAGCUCCUUCCAUCCAAGCUGUCCAGAUCUACUCUGUACUUGGAUAAAUCCCUCUCAAUCCCUCUUGGACAGACUUUGUAUAGAUCCACUCUGUCCCUUUCCCUUGGAAAACCAUCUUUUACUCAGACCCCUGAGAAACCCGAAACCAUGAUUCAAACUAAAAAGUCAUACAGUGACUGGGACAUGGCAAACAAUGGCGUUGAUGGAAUUGAAAGGCUGUCCCAGCACCUGAAUGGGUCAACCAUCAAUGGCAGUGCUUUUAAAAGUAAUAUUGGCUCCGACUCGGACAUGCAGUGUUCCACUUUAACAUCAAUGCCAUUUAGAACAAGGUGCCACUCGUCUUCUGCUGCCUUCAGACCAAAUGGAAAAGCUAAUGAUGUCUCAGGGCCUCAGCAGUGCAAUCUAAGAGCCAGACAGGCAUUCAGCGAGCCAUCAGGAGUCCCUCAGGUGCGCAUAAGGGCCCAUCAUGAGGUCAGAACAGUUUUCCACACUGCUGAGAAAGUCAGGAGACUUAUUGAGUGCCCGGUCUCUCCUCAUCUGACUAAUUGUACUUGUGGGCCCAAGACUGACCAGAAGGACAGAGGAUACCAGUUGCUAAGCUUGAGGGAUGCUCUUGAGCGGUUUCGUCCAGAUUUCAUCUCUCGCUCUCAGAAUCGGGUGCGACGAUUGGAACUGAGGGCCAGGGAGAGGCGGAGCUUACAAACAGCUGAAUUUAUCAUGGGCGUGGAGACGGCUUACCGUAGGCGAAACUGCACCAGACCACACCCCCUUAGUGAUAACCUUUUCAAACCCAAAGACAGAGCCAUCUCAGGCAAAGAGAUGCAAUGGAGAUCCAGACGGAUUUACAACAAACUCCCUGAGGUGACCAAAAAGAAGGAGGAGGAGAGGAAGAGGCUGAUGUUGGAAACCAACAGACUGAGGGCAGAUGUGUUCAAAAAGAAACUUUUGGAUCAGGUUCUUCAAAGACACGGUGACUGAGGGAAGUGCCUGUUUCAUCACAAGAUCCAUAUCCCCUGCGUUCUCCUUGCCUGAGGCAAAGAACUGAAGACGAGCAAGACCUUUGCAUCUUCCUCCUGAGAGUAGAGCUUGGCUUUCUGAUGCAUUGUUCCAAAUAUAAAACACCUUUUAACGGACCUGGGGUGAAUCCACAUGACAUAUGGAUGCUCGUCCAUGCCCUGUUGUGUCUGUGCCGUGUGAUAGGUAUUUUAAAGAGAAAAUGUUUGAUAAUUAAGUUUAAGACCACUUAAGACUCUACGUAUAAGACUCGAGACCUGGUUCAAGUGUGUUUUCAUUUGGAAAUUGUAUAUCAAAUAAACCCUACAAAACACAUAUAGAGCUAACUAAAAUGUACUUUUAUUAUAGGUUUAUUAGGUUUAUUAUGUACAGCUUGUUCUACCUUCGAGAUAAUAGUCAUUUUAUUUCAAAGGUCAUCAACAAUAGUCUCAAAUAUUAUUAAAAAAAAAAGAAAGAAGGAAAGAAAGAAAAUGCAAUAUUAGCAUCUUUGAACCUGCUUUUAUUCAGAUUCAUUAUGCAAUUUUCCCCAUAUUAAAAUUUGGACAUUAUAUUCUCCUUCUGUUAUAGCCAAUUUCAGUAAGUGACGCUGCUUGGUAAUGUUGAAAUGCCUUGGGGAGAAUGAUAAAAAGAAAAAGUCUCCUUUGCUCUGGAUGUGUCGGUUUCUGGUGCAGAGCGUGACAUUUGGGGUAAUAGAAUUCAGGAGAGAACAGUGUAACAGGAGAUUAGACUGGAAAGUCAGUGAUCAGGUGUUAGAUGACAGAUUGGAUGACAUGAUGAUAAAGCAGAGACAAGGAACUUCAGGAUCGAAAACUCGUCUUUAUUCAGUAAUCUGAAUUCUGAGCUGGUUGUGAUGCUUUAAAAGGAAGAGCAAGCAAACAUGCUUAUUUGAAAAUGCAAAAAUGUUAACAAGUCCUUGAGUCUCUGAGGUCAAUAUUCUACCUGCUGGAAACCUUGAGAGAGUUAUUAUAGAGUGCCUUGCAUACCUGAAAGGAAAGUGGAAAUGACCCCAUUAAGAAAAUGAAUAAUUUUCUUGCAAAUAAACUCACAGAAUAUGCAGAGCCAAAUAAAAUUUCUGAAUUUCUGCAGCAGUGUUAUAUGGGCGAAAAUUAAUUUUACAUUAAUCACAGACUGAUUGCUUGAUGUUCACAUAAUGUUUUAAAUGCAAUAUGCUAUUUAAUUUAAAAUGCACAGACUUUAUCCUAGAUUAUAACCACAGUACCUUUCAAAUU